AUGGCGGCUGGCGGCUGUUGCCUCUUCCGCCCCAACCAAAGCUUGGCCGUCCUAGAUAUUUUUACUACUGCGUCAUUAAGAUCAAUUUAUUGUUAUGCUUUCCAGCCGCUAUCGCCUGGCCUCUGUCUGCUCCACUUUUGUAUACCCACAUUGUUGCUGUCAGGGCCGCCUCUGUUGAAGCGUCGCUUUGUGCCCGGCGAUUAUGUCGUUAAAUUACAUCCUUUUCAUUGA